AUGCUGGCGCUGCUGGCCGCCGGCGUGGCGCUCGCCGUGGCCGCCGGCGCCCAAGACGGCCCGGCGCCCGGCAGCCGUUUCGUGUGCACGGCGCUGCCCCCGGAAGCGGCGCGCGCCGGCUGCCCGUUGCCCGCGAUGCCCAUGCAGGGCGGCGCGCUGAGCCCCGAGGAGGAGCUGCGGGCCGCGGUGCUGCAGCUGCGCGAGACCGUCGUGCAGCAGAAGGAGACGCUGGGCGCGCAGCGCGAGGCCAUCCGUGAGCUCACGGGCAAGCUGGCGCGCUGCGAGGGGUUGGCGGGCGCCAAGGCGCAGGGCCCGGCAGCUACAGGCAAGGACACUAUGGGCGAUCUGCCUCGGGACCCCGGCCACGUCGUGGAGCAGCUCAGCCGCUCGCUGCAGACCCUCAAGGACCGCCUGGAGAGCCUCGAGCACCAGCUCCGAGUGAACGUGUCCAACGCAGUGCUGCCCAGCGACUUUCGAGAGGUGCUCCAGCGGCGACUGGGGGAGCUGGAGAGGCAGCUACUGAGCAAAGUGGCAGAGCUGGAGGAUGAGAAGUCCCUGCUCCACAAUGAGACCUCGGCUCACCGGCAGAAGACCGAGACUGCCCUGAACGCUCUGCUGCAGAGGGUGACUGAGCUGGAGCGAGGCAACAGCGCGUUCAAGUCUCCCGAUGCGUUCAAAGUGUCCCUCCCGCUCCGCACAAACUACCUGUAUGGCAAGAUCAAGAAGACACUGCCUGAACUCUACGCCUUCACCAUCUGCCUGUGGCUGCGAUCCAGCGCCUUGCCGGGCAUCGGCACCCCGUUCUCUUACGCGGUGCCCGGGCAGGCCAACGAGAUCGUGCUGAUAGAGUGGGGCAACAACCCCAUCGAGCUGCUCAUCAACGACAAGGUUGCCCAGCUGCCCCUGUUUGUCAGUGACGGCAAGUGGCACCAUAUCUGCAUCACUUGGACGACGCGGGAUGGCAUGUGGGAAGCUUUCCAGGAUGGGGAGAAGCUCGGCACUGGGGAAAACCUGGCCCCCUGGCACCCUAUCAAGCCAGGGGGUGUGCUGAUCCUUGGGCAGGAACAGGACACUGUUGGGGGCAGGUUCGAUGCCACGCAGGCAUUCGUGGGGGAGCUCAGCCAGUUCAACAUAUGGGACCGCGUCCUUCGUGCGCAAGAAAUUAUCAACAUUGCCAACUGCUCCACGAACAUGCCCGGCAACAUCAUACCCUGGGUGGACAACAACGUCGAUGUGUUUGGAGGGGCUUCAAAGUGGCCCGUGGAGACCUGUGAGGAGCGUCUCCUUGACUUGUAG